UCGCUGCUCACAACAUAUUGUUACUUUUCAAGAGCGUUGUUAAAAUAUCGAUUAUUAUGGCUCGCCACGCGCGAAGCAACAGUUGAACGCAAUCAACAGGCGAGAACGCGCGGCGCCACUUUCCCGCGCUCCCGGAUAUUUUUAAACAUUUUUUUAAAUUAUUAUUUUUAAAUAGUGCAAUGAAUUUUCAAAGUAAAGCAAACAAGUAUGUGUGUCCGAAUGAUCGACAGCUGUCUUUGAGAGCCAAGCUAAGAACAGGAUGGAGUGCGGCCCGCAGCGAGCCCCCCCUCACGCCAAGCGAGCGAGAGGCGAUAGCCGCCGUCGUCAAGAGAGCAGAGAAGAUUGAUGAAGUGGAAGCCAAGAGGGUCGGCAGACUUGUGGCUAGGCUUGAAGGCAUGCGUCGUUCAGCACAAGGCCCGGCUCCCCGGACGUGCCUGCUGUGUGGCGAGACGGCGCGCCUCCUGGCUCCUCUCAGAACCUGCUCCAUCUGUAGGCAUACGGCGUGCUCCAAGUGUGUCAUCGAGAAUCUGCCGCAUAGAUCACCACUAUACUCCCGGGAGGCCUACAUGUGCAACUUAUGUGCGGAGACGAGGGAGAUGUGGAAGAAGUCAGGCGCCUGGUUCUUCAAGUCUUUGCCGAAGUACAUCUUGCCGGACCGGAGGACUACGGGACGGUAUCUGGACUCCGAGUUAGCACGGUCAUUACAGGAAGCCGGCAACAGCAGCAACGAAGGCAAGACGGACUCCGAACCAGGGUCUCCCCUCAGCGUCCAUGCGCCCACCUUCUCCAGGCAGGCCAGCAAUACUGACAGCAGGAAGUCUAUCACUUCACCUCAUGACCCCCACUACGAAUGGAGCGAAACAGACAUCCUUUCCCACGGCUUCAGCGGUUUAAGUCUUCACCGAGCUGACAGCCUCACCCAAAGGCCUCUCGCCUCCUUAAAGCGAACAGGCAGUAAAGGCAGUGCCUACAGCAUUCGAAGCAUGAGAAAGGAGAUGACAAAGGCCUCGCAAAAUGAAAGGCCUCCUACGAUACCUGAUGCAGGAUUUGGGACCUUAGAAAUCAAGUUGGCGUAUGAGAAUGCUACCUCGUCGCUGGCUGUGACGGUUUUGAGAGCAAGAGGUCUGAUUGGCAUGGAUAUGACGGGGCUAUCGGAUCCAUUUUGUAGAUUAGAAGUUUUGCCUAGAGAAGGCAGCUACUCCAACAGACUACGCACGAAGACGGUGCACAAGACGAAGAACCCUGAGUUCAACGAGACGCUGCACUUCUUUGGCAUCACGGAGUCAGACCUCGCCGCCAAGUCGCUGGAGAUCGUGCUGUUUGAUGAUGACAAAUACGGUUGCGACGAAAUGGGAUCAGCAACGGUCGCUCUCCGGGAAUGUUCGAAGUCACCGGCACAGUUGCGGCUAGCCCUCUCCGGGUCUUCAGGCUCCGAACCUACUGGGCCCAGGAUACUGCUGGCUUUAUGUUAUAGUACGAAACGAAGAGCCCUGGUGGUGACGAUCUGUAGAGGAGCUGAUCUCCCGCCUCAAGAUAGUAAUGGAUAUUCGGAUCCUUUUGUUAAAUUGCAUUUAGACCCAGACCCUUACCACAAGAAACACAAAACAUCGAUAAAAUGGCGAAAUCUAAAUCCAGUAUGGAAUGAAGAAUUUUUCUUCGAAACUCGUCCAACCGAACUUUCCCGUCAAAAUCUGACAUUGACAGUUUGGGACAAAGACUAUGGCAAGCCCAACGACUUUUUAGGGAGCCUAAUAUUAGGAGCGAGUUCCAAAGGAAGGAGAUUGAAACACUGGAUGGACUGUAUAAAGUUUCCCGACCAUCGUCACGAAUCCUGGCACUCGUUAACUGAUACACAGCAUCUAUAAUUAUUAUUUUAGUUUUAUUUUAUGUAAAUAAAGUCCAAACUUACUUAGAUCAUGGAAAAAAAUACGUUACAUAGGCAUUUAUUUAUCUGCUUAUAUGCUGAAUAGUACCUAACUUUUAAGGAGGUACAGACUCCGUACUUACCUACAUAAACAUGCGGGAUUACGCCAUUCUAGCAACGAUUAUAUAAAAAGACAAAUAAUAUUUUGAAAUGUAAUGAGCUUCAAAGCCAUAGGGUGCUGCAUAAACUUGUAAAGUGUUCGGUGAAUACCUAUUUAAAUAAAUGUAAAAAAACUGAGCUCUCUUAAACCCCUACUCCUGUUGCUCUUAGAAUUGUUAUUAAAGCAGUAAGUGUUGAUAAAAUUCAUAGAAACAGAAUAUUUAUAUCCAAGUUACAUGCAUUUAAAACUUUACAAGAUGUUAUUAACCGUUCUAGCACAAAGUUGAGCCAUUCUAUUUCUACAUAGAUAGAGAUUAUGAAAUAUAGAAAAACUUUAUAACUAUUACUUAUAUCAAUGUAUAAGAAUAUAAUAUAUUUGACUAUAAAUAUUGUAUUUAACAGUUACGUUUGAUUAAAAUUAAAUGUUCUAUAAAUAUAUUACAAUAAGUAGUUAAAGUUAAAAGUUGUUGAAAAUAAUUCGUGGUGUAUUUUUGUACUUUGCUGUUCCAGUUUGCAUGUGCCAAAUGUAUCUUUGAAGUUUAGUGUUUAAGCUGACGACUGCCUUUAUAUCGUGUACCUACCUAAUACUGUGGAAUAAACCAUUUUAAAAAUA